AACGAGCACUAGAAUCUUCCUUGGGCUCCCUUUCUAUAAAUAUAUCUCAUUUUCGCGCUCUACUGCAUAAGCUAGAAAGGCUCGUGUUCAACUCGUGGCCUUUCAGACAUCGCAUUGUACAGUAAACAAGGAGUGUUCGGAGCUCGUGAUCAACAACUAGAGAUAUGGGAAAGUGCUACCCAACUGUGAGCGAGGAGUACCAGAAAGCAGUGGAGAAAUGUAAGAGGAAACUGAGAGGGCUCAUUGCUGAGAAGAACUGUGCCCCCAUCGUCCUUCGUUUGGCAUGGCACUCAGCGGGAACCUUCGACGUUCAUACGAAGACUGGUGGGCCGUUUGGGACGAUCAGGCAUCCGGAUGAGCUAGCUCAUGAAGCUAACAAUGGUCUUGAUAUAGCUGUAAGGCUUUUGGAGCCCAUCAAGCAGCAGUUUCCCAAUUUGUCCUAUGCAGAUUUCUACCAGUUGGCCGGAGUUGUUGCUGUUGAAGUUACUGGUGGGCCGGAGAUUCCUUUCCACCCUGGAAGACCUGAUAAAUCUGAUCUGCCACCAGAGGGUCGCUUACCUGAUGCCACUAAAGGUUCUGACCAUCUUAGGGACGUCUUUGGCCACAUGGGUUUGAGCGACAAGGACAUUGUGGCAUUAUCUGGUGGUCACACCCUGGGAAGGUGCCACAAGGAGCGAUCUGGAUUUGAGGGAGCCUGGACUACCAAUCCCGUCAUUUUUGAUAACUCCUAUUUCAAGGAAUUGCUUAGCGGAGAGAAAGAAGGGCUUAUUCAGUUGCCAUCAGAUAAGGCUUUGCUAGAGGAUCCAGUCUUUCGUCCACUUGUUGAAAAAUACGCGGCUGAUGAGGAUGCCUUCUUUGCCGAUUAUGCCGAAGCUCAUUUGAAGCUCUCGGAGCUUGGAUUCGCGGAUGCGGAGUGAGUCUUAUUCGUGUAUGCAUAUUUCAGAAGUGUCAAAAUAACCUGUUUACGUAAAAAGCUUCCAGUAUUCCGGCCAUGUGCUUGCCCCUGAACUGGUAUGUGUUGUGAGUCUUUGAAUCUAUGCAAAUAAUAUGUACAGUAAUGUUGUGACUGGAAUAAAAAUGAUCUUAUUAUUAUAAA